AUGGAUAGAUGGUCCCCUGCUUUUGAUCCAAAUUCGUUUAAGGGUAUUUCGGCUCCAGUUUGGAUCAGGCUCCCGUGCUUGCCACUGUAUUGUUGGGAUGAGGAUAAUUUGGCGAGAAUUGCAUCUUGUUUUGGAACCCCAAUGUACUUAGAUGGCAAUACUUUUCGUUGGGGAAAGCGUAAGUUUGCUCGGGUUUGUGUUAGGAUUGAUUUGGAGAAAAAGCUAUUUAAUGGUGUUUGGGUAGAUGGUUCAGCUAAGAGGUUCUUCCAACGUGUGGAGUACGAGAAGAUUGAUCUUCUAUGCUACCAAUGUGGAAAAGUGGGUCAUGAAGCUAGUGCUUGUCCGGAGAAUGUAUCACUUGGGAUUCAAGACCAGAAGUUAAGGAAGACAAAUGCAGUUAAUGAGGAAGAUAGUAAGGUUGUGACUGACGGUAAGAAAUCAGUGAUCAGUUCAGAAUUUGGCCCUUGGAUUCAUGUUCAUUUUAAAAACAUAUGGGUGUUCAAUAGUAAUACUAAUAAUAGGAAAAUAAUUGGUGAUAAGGCUAUUGAUGAGAACAUGAGAAAUUUUGAGAGAUCUGUGGGUGUUAAACCUCCAGAAGUUCAGUUAAUCAAUAGAUUUGCUACGUUAACUGAUUUCAGUGAAGAAGAAGACAGUGGUAAGAUUGAAGAAAUUGAUAAAUCGAAGGAGAAGGAUAUGGAUGUUGCUGAUAUAGAACUCAGUCAUACGGGUGUAGGGUCUCAAAGUGGUGCUGCUAAAGUGAAGUUAGCCAAGGAGUUGAGAUCUUUAGGGCCAGUUGAACCAGAUUAUAAGAAGAAAAAGAGGGAUGGAAGGAUGAAUUCCAUCAAUGGGGAGAAAUCCCCUUUAAUUGUUUAA